AUGGAGAGCAAUUCAAUAAGAGAUGAAGAUUAUCCACCAGGAAAAAAACAGAAAUAUUUAUGCAAUAUUAUAGAUCAAGCACAAAACACUCUCACUAAUGAUGUUAUUGAUCAUAUCAUUUCUUUGUUACCCAUAAAAAAUGCAAGCCAAACAUCAAUUCUCUCUAAGAGAUUUGAAAAAUCAUGGCAACAUUGCAAACAUUUGUGUUUUGAUUACAUGUUUUCUAGAAAUUUAUCUCAAAAACAAGUUGCAAGUAUUGUUAAUCGCAUUCUUAUGCUUCAUUCUAGUACAAAAAUUGAUACAUUUCAUAUAUGUAUUAGUUCAAGAAAAAUUGAGGCUUUGAUUGUUACUUGGCUCAAAUUAGUUAUUUCUAAAAACCCUAAAGUUUUGAACUUGGAUUUUUUUAUAGGGAAAUCUUGUUUACCUAAUUUUGAAGUUCCUUUUGAUCUUCUUGAUAUUGAAUCCAUAGAAACUCUUGGGUUUUCAUAUUGUAAUAUAGAACUACCACCCAAAUUUAAAGGUCUACAUUUCUUACGUACUUUGGUACUUAGGCAUAUUAAGCUAAAUUCAUCUUUUAUCAAAACUAUAAUUUAUAAUUGUCCACUCUUAGAGUGUUUGGACAUUGUAAAAUGUCAUAAUAUUAACCAUAUUGAGGUAAAUGCAAGUGCUCUAAAGUUCUUCAAGGUAUUGAAAAUUAGGGGUUGUUAUCAACUCGACUUGGCUUAUAUAACUGCUCCAACUUUGAACGUUCUACACUUUGUUGGAAAACCUAAUCAUGUGAUUUUGGGUGGUAAAAUGAUGGAACUCAAAGAUGUGAUGCUCCAUAUUAAAAUUAUCUCAUAUAUUUUCCCAAGGCGUAAGAUUAAAGAUCUUAUACUAAAGAUCUCGCAUGUCAGAGUUCUCACUAUUACUAGCACAUUGCUCGAGGUAUGGAUUCUCGAAUCUGAAUUGGAAACUACCAUAGGACCAAAGCCUUAUCUUUGGCAUCUAAAAGAAGUUCAGUUGCUUAUGGAGACAACAAGCUUAUGCAAUCCAUAUGAUCUUGUUUGUUUCAUUGAUAAAUGCCCAGUUCUUGAAAGGCUUUUCAUUGAUAAAUUCACUUUUGAUGGAAGAGGCCAUUAUUGGACUAUGCAUGAUAGUGUAAAAUUUGAUCAAUAUGACAAGAAACUAUCCUUCCUCAAAUUGGUGAAGAUCUCUAAUUUCAACUUCCAUGUGUUGGAACUAAAAUUAGUCAAGUUUUUCCUUGAAAAAGCGCUGAAUUUGGAGAACCUUGCUAUUUUUACCAUGAAGAAUUACAGUGUCAAGAAAUUUUCUACUGUUACAGCUGAGUUUUUACAGCAUUUGGUAACUUGGAAAUCAUCUCCAAGAGCCAAAGUGGGUAUUUAUGAACAUUGUGACAAAGAAGAUGAUGUUCUUGUUCCUAUGCACCGAGAUCUUUGA